AUGCUGCGGGCAGCGCCAUCGACCAUCCUCCCAUGCCCAGGCGGGCCGGGUGAAGGCGGCCGUGCCGGUCACAGCCCGGUGGCAGGAACAGUUCUCCUGCAGGAGGUUAGAGCUGCCGUUCGGAGAGACACUGACAGCUGUCUGGUCAUGAGGAACCUCAGGAAAUUCAGCACAUUCGAGGCUCAGUUCCCAGGGCUAAACGAGCCCCGGGGUCACUGUCAGCCUGCGUACUGGCCUGCAAGGGAGCCACAUGCAGCAGAGGUGGGCAGCAGGCACUCCCUUUUGCCAUGUAGCCGUCCUCAGAAGGUGUGUUUGUGUCCUUUCCUGCCUGUACAUCCGCUAAAGGUCUCCACCUGCCUGUAUAUAAUUCAGCAUCCAGCAGAGGAAAGUAGAGUGUUAAGAACGGUACCUUUGCUAGCAGCUUGUCUCCCUCCAGACAAAUGCAAAAUUUUGGUUGGUCGACGUUUUAACGAAGACAGGUAUCCUGAAUUAGCAACUGUGUGCAGAAAUCCCAAUACUCUAAUUUUGUAUCCUGGAGCUGAAGCAACCAACUUGGAAGAAGUUGCAGUGAUGUCUUCUAGUCCAUCUGUUAUGAUUAUCAUCGAUGGAACAUGGAGUCAGGCUAAAGAUAUAUUUUACAAAAAUUCUCUCUUCCGCCUUCCCAAGCAAGUGCAGUUAAAACCCAGUAUUUCAAGUCAAUAUGUAAUUCGUACACAACCAACAAACACCUGUUUGUCUACUCUUGAAUGUGCAGCUGUUGCUCUUUCCAUCAUGGAAAAAAAUAAGAGUAUACAAGAGACUAUACUCCAUCCACUUCAAGCUUUAUGCUCUUUCCAACUUCAGCAUGGUGCCCAGAUCCAUCACAGCAAGGAACAUCUUCUCAAAAAUGGCUUAUAUGACAAGCCCAUGCCAAAGAAUAAACGCAAACUCAGAAGAAUGGAGCUUCUGGUGAAUAAUGUCAAAAUAUAAGAAAGCUGUACUGACUGUACAGGGGGAUUUAUUUGCAGCUAGCAAAUGAAUAUGAAUCUGGAUUUGAUCCAAACAGUUGACUAUACUCUAAUAAAACACCUUUUAGGCCCUUCUUAGGCAAGAGUUUAUCUACCAGUGUGACAAACAGUAAUGGACAAGCUUUUUCAGGUGCCUUUGUUCAGAUGAUGGAGGAGCAUUCUCAUUUCCUGUAGAGAAGAGGAAGAAAACUGAACAUAAUUUAGACUUAUGUUAUCGCUUGGGUGUCAGAUAUGAUCCUCAGUAUGACUGGAUGAAUUUAUUUUGGAGAGGCUUUUACCAGUACAAAAAGACAAGAAAUAUGAAUAUGGAUGUGAUAGAAUGGUAAGGCCUCAGCAGUUAGAAUUAUGUUGAAUAUUACUGAGGAUUUUAGCUUCAGUAUCUAACUACAGUAGACUUUCAAAGCAUAAUUCCCGAUGUUCAUUAGUUCAGAUGAACAUAAGGCUUGUUAUUUGGACAGUUCUUUCUAACUUUGAGAUUUUUAUUUCUUCUAUAAUUAGAACUCCUUUUUGUAAGUUUACUUAUUUUUUUACAAUGCAGUCAGGUUUAGUUUCUCCCAGAAUUAAUUUUUAAAUUAAGUCUGCAUAUGUUUUUACAAGAAAUUGGACAAUUCUGACUUACGAAAAGAAAAGUAGAAAUUGUGAUUUUUGGAAUUAUAACUCAGGUGCUUUGCUUUUACUUGAGCAAAAAUUAGUCUUCCACAGAUGGGGAGAUGUUGCGGAUGUAAAUAUAUCAUACCCAUACUCUGACAUAUAAUGAUUGUGCUACUAAAGGAAUUAAACAAGCCCAGUGCAAACUGCUCUGUAAGAAGUAUGAUGCAAUGACAAAUGAUUAUAUCUGGUUACAGCCAACUAACAUAAUUAUAGAUCCUCUAGGCUUCAUGUGUUUAGUUUUUAACUUCUAACAGUGAUAUAAAUGUACUUCUUUCUAAUGGGAAUUGCUAGAAGCAGAAGAAUUGGGUAUUUUUACAGGCUUUCUGAAAUAAUAUUUUAUGAUCUGGAGGGAAAAGUAAAGUGAAGGUUCUGAUAGUCCUUUCUUCUACAUAGAUGCCUCCUGCAUUUAAGAGAUUAAAAUGAUAUUUGUUUGUCUUUACUGUCAGUUGCCCUCUAGGUAACAACAUGAAGCUAAUUGGGUACUAAUUAGUCUUAGAAAAAGAUAUUUUGUCUUUAAUUUAUGAUCUGUAAGACAAGAAACUACAGGAGUGUGGUGGAGGUGGGAUGAGGGUAUGUGUAAGCACAACUAAAUGAAAGCUUUUCUGCAAUUAAGAAGAGAGGUCAAAAUUAGGUCAGAGAUUAGCUAAGAAGUUUUAGUUGACCCUGAGCUAAUAGUGACCUUUUGUUUAGGCACAGAUAAACAAUAUAAUUUGUCUGGCUAUGUGAGCAAAGCUUAUAUAACCUUUUCCUCUUCUCCCGGUCCAGAUAAAUCCGGUGUCUGCCACUAAAUUCAGCAAAGCUGAAUUAGUUUUGACAAAUCUGAAGCAAACCAGUCUCAUAUGAUUAAUGAUAGCAUAGAUGCACUUUUGUUCACAUUGGAACAGAGCAAGGGCAUGUUUAUUCCUGUAGCACACCAGUCUCCAGGCUAACUUGGAGUCUGAAGUUGGAGUCUUGUGUAAUUUGUGUGCAGAGCCUUGUGUAGGAUGCUGUGUCCACUUUCCUGCUGGACUGGUAAUCUUCCUUCCCUGUACCCUGGGACAUGGUCAAUAAUUCCUUGAGGAAACAUGGGUAUCAAUUAAGCUUUAUUGUUCAUGUCAUAUUUACAUACAUGGGUGAUGUUUGCAUUUGAUGUUGUAUACAUUAAUUUAAUUUACUUUAUUUUAAAUUCAUCUCCAGGAGCAGUGUAUCUUUUGACUUACAUUUUGAAGUUUAUUUUACCAGGCAGAAGAUUUAAUGUGUCUUUACAUAGUAUGUGACUUUAUAUUAUAGGGAACAGAAAGAAAUUUGCAUUACAGCCUGGGAUUCAUAGCCAUCUGCAAAAUGCCUUAGAAUUACAGGAUCAGAGAAAUAGUUGCCUUAAUUGAGUUAUAAUCCUAUGUUAAAUGCUCUUGUACGUGAAAUAUGUGCAGAGUUUUCAUGUUUUUCAGUGAUGGAGAAAUUCUGCACCUCAUACAGAAGGCACUUUUUCGCUUUGUUGAUUCCUCAUGUUCUUUUAAUUUUGUUCCUGUGGAUAACAGGAUUUUGUAGGAUCUCAUGCUGGAUGUAUGGAAGCCUUUAAUUGCUAAUUUCCUCUGUUGUACAAUACCAGACCAAUCAAUAUGCAACAGUUACUGAAAAAAAUAAAAACAAUGCAUUGCAAACCUCCAGGCAUUUUAAAUUUUUGAGUUUUUUGGUAUGUCCCAGCUCAGCUAUAAUGUAAUGGACAUUUAGGUGCAGCACAGCAGUCACAUGAAGUUCAGUUUCAGAUUUGUUUGAAGCUAUUAGAUACAAAAUACAGUACUUUUUAGGUGGAAUUUGCAUAAUUUUGAAAAUAUGCACAGUGUAAGAGGAAGAAUUUAGAAAGUUUGUUUUCAGAUCUUUUGGAUUCAGAAUUUGCCAAUAAAUACAUUACCUCAAAGAAAUGAAUACUCUGAAGUCCAAACUCUUGACAGAAGCUAUGUGUGAUGAAGUAGCACUCUUUGUAAGCAAUUUCAUUAGAAUAAAUUUAAUUUGCAAUUUUACUUGGCUGUAAUGGUAAAUCCAUUUCAUUUUUCCCUUACCAAAAGAUUAAUGAGUGAAACCCACCAGUCUAACAAGAUAUUGAUUAAAAAUGAAGGAAUGUGUUUGCUUCUCAUGUUUGGUCCUUUGUCCUUGUCCACUUUGUACUUCCAAAUAUCGCUACCAAAAUGAAAUCUGCUUUCUGUGUGCUGCAGUCUCAUGUGUUGGGAAAUUGGUGGCAUGGAUAGCAGGCUUUUGAACACAUGCAAAUGUUUUUCAAAGGUGCACACCAUAUUUUCAUAGUCAGUAUGAGUAAGUCUAUGGAAAAAAGACAAGGAUGGAAAUGUUAUAAAAUAAGAACACAAACCACACCUCCCCUUUUGAUUAGAAUGCUUUCUUAUUAAAGAGAUGCUCAGGACAAAUAUAAAUGUAUUUUUCUUCAGUAUUGUACUUUUGUUGCCUCAUAACCCCAUACUACCAAUAAAUUACUCUUUUAUUAGUUUUUCUUGAGAUAAAAAGGAAACUUUUCAAGUGACUUCAAAAGAGGCAAAAAUUAUUUUAAGACCAAGGGUUUUCUUCUCAACUGCUACACUAGAUAAAAAGUUGCUUAUGUUGCAUUUUUUUCUACAAC